ACACACACAGAGUGAGAGAAAGAGAGUCCAGUAGAGUUUAUUUCACGCAUGAAAUCUGAAAAAAAAAAGUUUAUGUUUCGAUUCGCCACCUUGUGGCAAAGCCGCUGAAGCCAUGAUGUUAUUGUGAGGAACCAAAAGCCAAGCGGAACCAACCAGGGUGCAAAUGUUUCUGAAUGUUUAGGGGAAACCCGAACGCUGACGGACCUGGAAAUCAUCCUACCGGUGUGUUCAGAUUGAAGGAGAUUUGACUGAUAUGAAGCUAAAUGCUAAAUGCUGGGAUUCUUCUUUUGACUGCCAAUUCCUAAAUAAAGGGGAGUCACUCCAAACUAAACAGCGAGGAAUAUUGUAAUUGGGAAUAGCCAUGGCCAGCAGGUUUCUCCUACAAAUCUGUCACACUGGGUGCAUCACGUCCACUGUUAUUCCUGCCGUUACUCGACUGAGCCCAAGGCUCUGCUGUCAUCGCGUGCCAAGGUGGAUUCAUAGCAGUUCAGCAUUUUGCAAAAGUAAAGCAGACAGUACAAAUCUUCAGGAAAUAGUCGAACAUGAGACUGAGAAAAAGUCCAAAUCUUUAGUCACGCAUGAUGAGCUGUUUGAGCAUGCAGCAAGAGACGCAAAGAGCAAAGCCAGUUUCAACCGAGUGCUGGACACCUUCAACAAGAAGGACAUCCGACGGCGUGGGCAUGUGGAGUUUAUUUACGCUGCUCUGAAGAAAAUGCCUGAAUUUAAAGUGGAGCGAGACAUCGCAGUCUACAACAAAAUCUUGGAUGUAUUUCCAAAAGAAGUGUUUGUGCCACAAAACUUUAUACAGAGGACGUUCAAUCACUACCCCAGGCAACAGGAGUGUGGUGUACAGGUGCUGGAGCAGAUGGAAAAUUAUGGCAUUAUGCCUAACAUGGAAACUAAAGUCCUUCUGGUUCAGAUCUUUGGCGAGAAGAGCCACCCAAUGAGGAAGUACCAGCGGAUCAUGUACUGGUUUCCCAAAUUUAAGAAUCUAAAUCCAUUCCCAGUGCCUCACGAGCUCCCACAAGACCCAGUGGACCUUGCCCGUUUCAGCCUCACCCGCAUCUCUAAUGACCUGGAUGCUAAAAUUACAGUUUAUCAGCUUCCUUCCACACACAUUACAGAGGCAGGAGAGGAGAUCUCACUCCCGCACAUCGUCGGCAUCCAGAGUCCAGAGCAGCGCGCUCUUCUUGCCAAGCACAACUCGGAGAGACCGGUGUUUGUGGAAGGCCCGUUUCCUCUGUGGCUCAGGAAGACCUGCGUACAUUAUUAUCUGCUCAGAGCCGACUCUGUCCCCCCUGAGGAUCAGAUAGAGGAGGCGCUCGAUCCUGAGAUGCUUGGUCCAGAGCAGAGCCUUUUCUAUCCCCGGUAUAUUGACCUUGACCUUCAGAGAGACUUGGGAGAUGAUGACAGCUUUGAUGUGGAUGAUGUCGUGGAAGGGGCGGUCUAUGCCAUGUGCAUGACGGGACAAGGUGACCAGGCUACGCUAGCACAGUGGAUCAGUGGAUUGCAGGAGAACAACCCAAUCUUAGGGAAGAUUCCCACUGUGUUUCGUCUGGAUUCUGGAUUAAAAAAACUGCAGAAAGUUGAAGAUAUUCGCCAUGAUUCCAGACAAAAUCAGUGCCCAGGAACUGAAGAGGAGCACAUCAUAGAGGAGGAAGUAUUGCACUCACAGGGUAUGAAGCGGUGACUAAGCAGCACCCAGUGAGGUGUGUUCCUGGAAAUUAGUUAAGACCUAGACAACAACCUUGGGCUCUUGUUUGUCCUUUGAGUGACAAAAUUCUGAUAAACUUAGUUUAAAAAAAAAUUGAAGAUUUUUUAAAAGUAUAUUUAACUGAGACUGGUCUAAAGAUUUCUUCAGCAGAGCCCUUGAAAUAGACUGAUCAUACUGCAUAAUCAUAUUGCAUAAUGUUGUUUGUGUGAGUUUGCUAAAUCUAUUAAUGCAAUAAAUAAACUAUUUAUACA